GGCAUAUUUAUAGUCAGCCCUUUGCCUUUCACGUGUAGGUCCGUAGCCUCCCGUGUCAUUGGUGAAUGACCGAAGAUGUCGAAUUGUAGGUUGUUUGCCCGGCUGCUCUUGCAGCAAAAUGGGGUAAGGAACUGUUAUACUGCUUCAAGGAAGCACCUCUACAUUGACAAAGACACCAAGGUCAUUUGCCAAGGCUUCACAGGGAAGCAGGGGACGUUUCACAGUCAGCAGGCAAUCGACUAUGGCUCCCGGCUAGUCGGUGGCGUGUCCCCCGGCAAGGGGGGGAGGACACACCUCGGCGUGCCCGUCUUCAACUCUGUCAAGGAGGCGAGAGAGGGCACCGGGGCCGAGGCCACAGUGAUCUACGUGCCCCCUCCGUUCGCGGGUGCCGCCAUCAUCGAGGCCAUCGACGCUGGCAUGCCCCUGGUGGUGUGCAUCACAGAGGGCAUCCCCCAGCAGGACAUGGUCAAGGUCAAACACAAGCUGUUGCGCCAGAGCACCACGCGCCUCAUCGGCCCCAACUGCCCCGGCGUUAUUAAUCCGGGAGAAUGCAAGAUCGGGAUCAUGCCGGGCCACAUUCACAAGAAAGGGAGGAUUGGCAUUGUCUCUAGGUCGGGAACUCUCACAUAUGAAGCUGUUCACCAGACUUCACAAGUUGGCCUGGGACAGUCUCUCUGCAUCGGCAUUGGCGGGGACCCCUUCAACGGGACAGACUUCAUUGACUGCCUGGAGGUGUUCCUACAGGACCCUAAGACGGAGGGCAUCAUCUUGAUCGGCGAGAUCGGAGGCAACGCCGAGGAGAACGCUGCCGAUUACCUCAAACAGCACAACUCUGGAGCGAAUGCCAAGCCCGUGGUGUCUUUCAUCGCUGGGCUCACUGCCCCGCCGGGCCGAAGGAUGGGUCACGCCGGUGCCAUCAUCGCAGGGGGCAAGGGUGGAGCCAAAGAGAAGAUUGCUGCCCUACAGCAGGCGGGCGUUGUGGUCAGCAUGUCCCCGGCCCAACUGGGCAGCACCAUGUUCAAGGAGUUUGAGAAGAGGAAGAUGUUGUAAACGGGGAAAGGCAACAMCCCCCCCCCCCCCCCUG